GCAGGACUGGGGCAGGCAUUCUGACACUGGGGGGAACUGACUUGGUGUCACUGACAUGCCCAGUGACACUAAUACACUGUCAGUACUAAUAAAAAACACUGAUGCUGUACUAGUGACACUGGGCAGAAAGGGGUUAACAUCUGGGGCUAUGCAGAGUCAUACAAAGCAGUGUGCAGGAGCUGACAGGGGAGAGAAUUGUAUUGUUUACAUACACUCCAGCACACUACUUUGUAUGACUUUGCAUAGCAGAGCCAUACAAAGCAGUGUGCUUACAGUGGAAAGCACA